AGAGCAGCGUGAGCAAUACUAAAUUAGCAUUAGCACUGUAAAGAAGCUGACUUUGGCCACAGUUACCAUAAUGGUUGCAUGGCUUGAUAAUAGAAUUUGUUUAACUCCAAACUUAUCGGUUAGAAAGCAUGAUUUUUUUUCUAAUUUACAAUAUAAGGUUGGCAUCAGCUACCACCCUCAGAGCAAUAAACUGCAUAAAUUUGUUGUGAGAGAAAAUCCUAAGCGUUUUGGAACCACAACAGUGCUCUGCUUGGGCACAUUCCAUGGGGAAUGAGUUCAUCAAUUUAAGUGUCCAGACCUGCUAAAAAUACAUUUCCAGGUUUUAAGCCAAACAGCCACACACAUUGGUCAGUCUGGCCAUACAGCGCGAUACAUGGAGGUUGACUUCAGGAAAAAAAAAGGAAUAUUUUCUUCCAGGAGAGCGUCUCAGAGUGCACAGUGGCUGACCACAAUUACGUCCCGCUGAGUUUCAUGAAGAAGAGACCACAAGAUGCCCAUAUAUCAGCAACUACUAGUCAGAGGGAAGAUGUUUUCCAUAUCAAAUUAAGGAAAAGAAACCCAAUCGGAACAAAGCAUAUGAGCAUACUGAAUAUUAAUGAGAAGACAAAAAAAACAUUCAAAAUCAAAAGCGUAUAAGACCAACUAAAAUAGGACACCAAAGAUUAUUAAUAAAUAAGUGUUGAAUAGGACCUUUAACUACCGGUAUGUGCUCUUUUUGAAAACUGUCCCUGUCUCCCUUCAAUCUGUUAUGAAGGUCAAAUUUUUCACCCCCCCCCCGCCCCCCCCAUGCAAAUGCACAAUUUUAUAUCCUGCUUCUGUCACUCUCCUCCCACCUUCCUCCUCUUGUGCAUACUGUACUUUAGUAUAUUCUCCACAAGCACUUAAGGGAAAGGGAGCAGACAUAUUUGCGAGAGAGUGUGACAGACAGAGAGAGAGAGAGAAAGACUUGCUUGUCCUGUCGAGGUCUCUCAUGUCACAGCUCUGCCCCCGAGGGCCUGACCUCUGCCGUGCCGACUGCAAACCAACCUGGAGAACCUCACACGGUCGAGAAGGGGAGCGCAUUUUGGAAGACAUUAAACCCGCAAACCUGUAUCAAGAAGGAAGAAGUGGACGAUGGAUUAAUGACUGUAUUUUUGAGAACGGGAAGUAAAAGAACGUCUAUGUUUGGUGAUAGUGUUUUUUUGCAGGAAGAAGGCACGGGGAAAAAGGAAAGGGGAGGAGUGGCAGUGAACACAGAAAGGAGAGGAGCACACACGCAUGCAGGCAAACAAGAGGAGUAGAGGAGCCGAGAGAUGCUGCAGGGAAAUAGAUGAGUAUGAGAACUCCGGUGAGGGCUGAAGAAGAUUCCAAUAAGAUCAACUCCCUGUGAAGUGAUGAGUACUCAGACCACAGAGGACCCCAACACUGAUGUGAUGGUGGUCUCCAAGGAGAUGGCAUUGCUUAGCAACAUACUGGCAGCUUACACCUUCAUCACAGACCAACCCGAAAGGACGGCACUGGCUUUUCUGGGUGGAGUGUCUAUCGGCCUCCUUGUCACGCUCUGUGCCGUCGUCUUCCAGAUACACUGUCGUGCCGACUGUCAUUUUGGCAACAGUAAACACCCUCGCCAUCGCCAUCACCACCGCCACAGGCGUCAUCAUCACCAUCACCAUCAUGUCUGUCAGCACCGCCAGCAACACGUCGACACUAACCCGGACAACAUGGCCGUCGUCACCUCGGAGGUCGCCACGCCGGCCGGGGACAGCGAAUCGGAGGACUGGGAUGAGACAACGGAUAUGUCAUCACGAAGGCGCAGACGCUUUGAGAGGGCCUUGCUGCACGCCAGCAUGUUUACAUCAGCUGAGGAGCUGGACCAGGCCCAGCGGCUAGAGGAGCGGGAAAGGAUCCUGAGAGAAAUCUGGUUGAACGGACAGCCAGAUAUCAGCACAGUCACUCAGAGCCUCAACAGAUAUUACUGACUAAUGAUGAAACACUCUGAAGGAUGAAUGGAAGGAAGGAUGGAGGACUUAAACCAGGGGUCUUCAAUCCUCUGUCCUAAAUGUUUUGCACCUCUUCCUGCUGCAUCAUUCCACAACAGCAUUGAAGACUGCUGACUUAAAGGAAAGAUACACAAAGCAACAGAGGACACGUGAAAAUGUGUGUCCAAGAAUGGACAAAGUGGCUGUCAUGAUUUGUCUACAUAUUUGCUCACAAACAUAUUGUUCUGUUUCAAAUACAAUUUAAAUGGUGCUUUUGUAUACAUUAGGAAUGUGAAACAGUUUGUUUAUGGGAUACACAUGCUUUGCAUUCCAUAUUUUUGAUGCUUCAAAAGCUAGAAAUAAUGGAAAAAGAAAAAGGUAAGAAUGGACAUGAUGGUUUGAUUCUGGUGCUUUUACUGUUGUUGUGUCGCAUUCCUUAAAUAAAGUGGAUGCAUAUAGAAUGAAAGCGAGUGAGUCUGUAACUUGUACACAUGUAUUGCAGCAAAGAUGUUUAACCCUUUCACUGAUAGGAUUCCCCCUGCCUCACUGUCUCGGGCCAAUACGUGGAAAAAUAAAUUUGAGCCCAACCAAUUAAUUCAUUCAAUUCAUUCUCGUCUGCAUAUUUGAGGUCGGUCACGGGGGCAACAUCUUAAACAGAGGAGCCCAGACUUCCCUUUCCCUAGCCACUUCAUCCAGCUCCUCCUGGGGGGAUCCCAAGGUGUUCCAAAGCCAGCCGAGGGACAUAGUCUCUUCAGCAUGUCCCAAUAAAGGGACCCUUUGAAUUUUGACACUUUUUUCCCUCUCUCCCUUCUCACUGGUCAGAACUUUAGUUACACUUGAGACCCAAUCCAAUGUUAAAACCUUA